AUGUUAAUUACGGGCCUUCAGCAAGCAAAUCAUGUUCCUGCUUUCAAUACUAUUUGGCAUAUUUCGGCUCCUUCCAAUGUUAAAGCUUUUGUGUGGAGGGUUCUUUGGGGUCGGAUUCAAACUCGGGUUGAUCUCUCUAGAAUAGGAUUAUAUUUUGUUGGUGAUGAUUUGAAAUGUCCUCUGUGCCAAUUGGAAGAUGAAUCAGUAGAUCACCUCUUGUUUUGUUGCGUCCAUGCUUCUACUUUAUGGUACAAAUGCUACAAAUGGAUGGGUCUUGUGACCGUCCUUCCUGGUGAAUGCAGUUCACACUUGUUUCAACAUGCUUGUGAACCUUGGAAUAAAAAACAGAGGACUGCUUGGUGGGAUGUCUGGUGUGCAGUAGUUUGGUCGGUUUGGGGAUGGAGGAAUAAGGUAGUGUUCUGCAAUGAGGCCCCGGAUUGGUCCAAUGCUUUGGAUAUUAUCCAAUGGAAGUCUUGGAAAUGGAUUUCUGCUCUAGAAAAAGAUUUUCAAUGCUCUAUUUUUAAAUGGAUUUCCGACCCUUCAUCUUGCCUGAGUCAAAUUGGGCAUUAA